UUGAUUGCAGAAUUCAAAAAGGACUGGUCAGAUCACGCGCUAUGGUGGCCGACGCGCAACAAAUGGCUCUCCAGACCGAAACACACCUUGGACCAGUACGGCGUGCACGCGGACGCCGCUCUGCACUUCACGCCCAUGCACAAACCGCUCCGCAUCCAACUCCCGGACUUGAGAUACUUAGAUUGCAAGAUAGACUUUUCCAUCGACACUUUCAGUGCAGUCAUGCAGUUGUGCAAGAAUCUCGGCAUAAGGCACCCUGAAGAAUUAUCGUUGUACUACCCACUCGAGCCAUCACACCUCAAGCAGAAUUAUCAGAACUUAAAAGAAGCAAAGAGAAUAAAAUCUACUCAGCCCCCAGAUACAAAUACGUUCAUAGCAGCAACAAGAGGCUCGUCGAACAGUCUCGACAGGUCUAAUGGACCUUGCCCAGCCACGCCACCCCCACCUAGGUCGCUAUCUGCAACACCAGUAGCUUCGAAUCACAAUGGCACAAUCCGACGCUACGGCGGCCAUAUCUACAGCACACAGAGCGACGGCUCGAGCGACGGAGGCUACUGCGGCACUCCACCACGCGCGUCUUCCCUGGACGCACUAGACGCGCUGGGCGAUAUUUCGCUAGCCGACUCGCCUUUGGAACCAGACUCUCAAUCGAGGGAGUCGCUACUAACACCCAAAUCUCUGAUGGAACGCGCCAGGAUGAAUGUUGGCUGGCUGGACUCUUCGCUUUCCAUCAUGGAGCAAUACGUGCGUGAAUGGGACACACUACAACUUCGCUUCAAGUUUUACUCGUUCUUUGACUUGACUGCGCGCGCACACGACGCGCCCAGGCUGAACCAACUCUACCAACAAGCACGUUGGCAGAUCCUGAACCAGGAGGUUCAUUGUACUGAGGAGGAAAUGCUUCUGUUCGCCGCUUUACAGCUGCAGAUUGAACUGCAGACCCUCGCUGGUGGCAGCGUUGAGGCGGCCGACGGUGCUCACAACUCGAGCGCCAGCGCGCCCGAGGACGAGAUCGACGCGGCGCUCAGCCAGCUGCAGGAGCAGCUGGAGGGCGGCCCGCCCGCCCGCCACGACAUCACUCAUGUGCCCGAGCUGGCCGACCACCUCAAGUACCUCAGACCGAAGCGCUUCACGCUGAAGGCGUACAAACGUGGCUGGGUGUCGUGCCGCGACGGCGUGCUGCGCAUACAUUCUUCAAGCGACGCGGCCGCUCGUGGCGAGCCGCCGUCUUACGCUGUCGAGCUACGCGGCGCCGAGGUAACACCAGAUGCGCAUCCCGCUUCGGGAAGAUACAGUAUCAAACUAGAAAUACCGGCUGAAGAUGCCAUGCACGAAAUGUGGCUCAAAUGCGACGAUGAGGAGCAAUACGCAAAAUGGGUGGCGGCAUGUCGCCUGGGCGCUCGCGGGCGUUCCCUAGCCGACGCUGCGUUUGCGAGCGAAGCGGCCGCAGUGCGCAGUCUCCUAGCUCUGCAGCGGCCGCAGCCCGGCGCAGCGCUGCAGCAGCACAGCGUGCCGCACCUGGAGCACCUGCAGCCGGAGAACUUCCUCGCGCCGCGCUUCCUCAAGAAACUCAAGGGCAAGCCGGAGAACUUCCUCGCGCCGCGCUUCCUCAAGAAACUCAAGGGCAAGUUCACACAGCGCGUGCUCGAGAGCCACGCUAACGUGAAAGACCUGCCACUGCUUGAAGCGAAGCUCCAAUACAUCAAGACCUGGCAGAAUCUGCCCGACUACGGCCAGACGCUGUUCGUGGUCCGUUUCAUGGGCCACCGGAAAGACGAGAUAAUUAGCAUCGCCAACAAUCGUAUUAUGCGUCUCGACCCCAACACUGGUGACCAUAUAAAAACGUGGCGGUAUAGUACGAUGAAGGCUUGGAAUGUGAAUUGGGAAAUAAAACACAUGAUGGUACAGUUUGAAGAGGGCAACAUUAUUUUCUCAGUCCAGUCAGCCGAUUGCAAAGUUGUCCAUGAGUUCAUCGGCGGUUACAUCUUCCUAUCUAUGAGGUCGAAAGACGCCAACCAGACCCUUGAUGAAGAAUUAUUCCACAAAUUGACUGGGGGUUGGACAUAA